AAAUGGAUUCUAAAACCAAUCCAAACCCUAUAUGUCGUCUCUCUCACCCGGCUCAUCCUCACACUCUCUCUCCUCGAACCUCUAAAGAAACCCCUAAAUCUGUUUGUUCCGUGUGUUCCAGAGAUAUGUUUGUGUGGGAAGAUGAUUUGUAUUACUCCUGCACCACCUGUGAUGUUGAGUUCCACAAAGAUUGUUACUCGGAGCCAAAGAAGCUAAUACACCCUUAUCAUCUCCAACACCCUCUCGAUCUCAUCGAUGGUAAGAACGAAUCCGAAGCUGAAUCUAAUAAAUGCACUUGGUGUGGAUCGAACCCAACUCGGUAUUACUAUCGUUGUUCCAUUUGUAGCUUUUGUUUAGAUGUUUCUUGCUCCUUUAGAUUCCCUCCUCUCACUAUCACAAACCCUAGAAGCCAUCACCAUCCUCUCUCUCUUUUUCCACGUCCCUUAUUAGUUCCAUGUGAUGCUUGUGGGUCAGUCAAUCGAUCUGAUCCAAGCUACGCUUGUUUUCAAUGCAACUACAUGGUCCAUGUGUCUUGUAUCAACUUACCACGAGUCAUUAAACUCACGCGCCAUCAUCAUCGUCUUUCUUACACUCCUUACCUCUCCCCUUCAAGUUGGUCAUGCCGUGUUUGCCACAAGAACGUUGACAACAAGAGAGAACUCGAAUGGGAGCCUGAAGAGCCAGAGAAUAGUGAAAACGCCGCGCCGUUCAAGAAGAUAGGUGAUGGUUUGAUAGAGUACUUCUGUCACGAACAUCAUCUAAGACUCGAGAAGUACAAAGAUCUUGAAGAUGAGGAUCAAGAACACAAGCAAUGUCAAGCCUGUGCUCUUCCUAUCGACUCGCGUGACUUCUACAAUUGUACACAAUGUGAUUUCUCUCUCCACGAGGUAUGUGCUAAUCUUCCUCGAGAACUGGAUCAUGCUUUGCAUAACCACAAGCUUUUCUUAGACACGUCUCCUCAAGAAGACUACGAUGACGACAUGAGUUGUUCUGUUUGUCAACAAAGGUUCAGUGGUUUCAGGUACAAGUGCAGAGACAAAAGUUGCUUGAUUAGGGAUAUAUUUCAAAUACACGUUGGAUGCAUUUCACUCCCUGACUAUUUCACACAUAAAAGCCAUGAACAUCCUUUAUGUUUCCCAAUCUUAGAACUCCGUUACAAAGAGAAGAUCAUAUGCAAGGUUUGCAAGAAACACUGUUUGCUAUAUCACCUACAGUGUAGUACUACAUGCGAAUUCGAUUUGUGUUAUCGUUGCGCUACGUUUCCUAGCGAGGUACGUUACAAUCACGAUGAGCAUCCUCUCUCUCUUUGCUACGGAGAAGAAACCUCUGAUGGGAACAAGUAUUGGUGUGACAUAUGUGAGAAAAAACUAGACUCAACAGAAUGGUUCUACACAUGCAACAAAUGUUGUGUCACUAUCCACCUCGAUUGCAUAUUCAGUUCUUCCAUUUACAUGAAGCCCGGUUUCACAUUCCGUUACAUUACUUUCAACGUGAAAGUUCUUCGCAACAACAGUAACACUCGGCCUAUUUGUGAUGGAUGUGAGCAUCGUUGCUCGGCUCAUGUGUGCUACGAAGUCCACUGGUACAACAGGUAUACGCUUGUUUCUUGUUCUUUAGAGUGUCUAGAACAGAGGAUUGAUGGUUCUCUAAAAAAGAAGAUUCGUAAUCGAAAGUUGUCUUUGUAACAUGAUCAAGUCUUUUUUAUUCCUUGUACUUUCUUUAUCUGUAUUACCAGUUGCAGGAAUAAUAUUUUGUAUCUCUCUGAUUUUCAUUUGUCUAAUAAUUAUAAUUCAAAAAACUUAUACGAUGUUAUUG